AUGAACUUAAUCGGAGAACCGACAAGCGCUGUUCGAGCACUGCAACAACAACCCAUCGGCGACCCACGAAUCUUCCAUGCCCGAGCACUGAAAUCCCCACGGUUCGAUCGAUCGAUUCUCAACAAUAUAAUCACUCUCUACUCCAAAUCAAACCUCCUCGAUUCCUCGCUUCGAAUCUUCAAUCAAAUCCCAUCGCCCAACAUCGUCUCAUGGACUUCUCUCAUUUCAGCUCACUCCAAUUCCCCACUUUCCCUCACUUUCUUCCUCUCAAUGCUCCGCCACCCCAUCCUCCCCAAUCAACGAACCAUAGCUUCUCUUUUCAAAGCUUGCGUUUCGCUUCCUCGUUGUCUUUUCUUCGGCCUCUCAUUGCACGCUCUUUCCUUUAAGCUUUUCCUCAACACCCAACCUUUUUCCGGCUCCGCUUUGGUUAACUUUUACUUUAAAUAUCGACUUCCGAUGGAUGCGAUGAAGGUGUUCGAUAAAAUGCAUGAACGAGAUGAAGUUUGCUAUGCAGCGGUGAUUGUUGGGUUGGCGCAGAAUUCUAAGCCGGUUGAGUCUUUAUCUUUGUUCUCUGCAAUGAGGUCUUGCGAUGUGAGUUCUACCAUGUAUAGCGUUUCGGGGGCGUUACGAGCGGUAGCGGAUUUGGCUGCUUUAGAGCAAUGCAGGAUGAUUCAUGGGCACGCGGUUGUUACUGGGUUCGAUAAGAAUGUGAUUGUAGGGAGUGCUUUGGUUGAUGGGUAUGGGAAAUCGGGGCUUGUUUUGGAUGCGCGGAAGGUGUUUGACGAAAAUGUUGAUGCCAUGAAUAUUGUAGGGUGGAAUGCUUUGAUGAGCAGUUAUGCACAACAAGGUAAUGCGAAUUCGGUAAUCGAGUUGUUUCAAAUGAUGGAGGACGGAGGCUUGGUGCCGGACGAGUAUAGCUUUUUAGCUGCGCUUUUGGGCUUUUACAAUGCCGGCUUGGUUGGUGAAGCUGAGAUGUGGCUGAAGAGGAUGAAAGUGGAGUAUGAUUUAGAGCCGUGGCUAGAGCAUUAUACAUGUUUGAUCGGUGCAUUGGGCAGAGCAGGGCGGUUGCAGGAUGCCGAGGGCAUCGCAACAACAAUGCCGUUUAACCCUGAUGCUGCAGUGUGGAGAUCAUUGUUGUCAAGUUGUGCUCAUCAUUGUGAACCAGAUAUGGCUUUGCGGAUGACUAGAAGGUUGCUAGAAUUGGAUCCUCACGACGAUUCAGCUUACUCGAUAGCUGCGAAUGUCUUAUCAGCUGCAGGGAGAUGGGCAGAGGUUGCCAGUACGAGGAAGUCGAUGAAAAAUCGGAGAGUCAAAAAGGAAGGUGGGAAGAGUUGGAUCGAAGUCAAGGGGGAAGUGCAUGUGUUCAUGGCAGGGGAUAGGAAGCACCAGAGAACUGAAGAAAUCUACACAAAGUUGGCCGAGUUAAUGGACGCAAUCGAAAAACUAGGAUACAGGCCAGUAUGGGAUGAGAUGUUGCAUGAAGUAGGAGAAGGGGAGAAAAAAGAAGCACUUCGGUAUCAUAGUGAGAAGUUGGCUUUAGCAUAUGCAAUAGUAAGCGGAGCUGCACCGGCAGGGAAGCCGAUAAGGAUUGUAAAGAAUCUCCGAAUCUGCAAGGACUGUCACGAAGCUUUUAAGUACAUAAGCAGAGCAAUAAACAAGUGUUUCCAAGGGUGAAAGUGAAAGAACAAGAUCAGGAUGAUCAACAAGUUAUCAAGGAUUACAGGAUAAACUCUGUAUUGUCUUUGAAAGAUGUUCUGUUUCUCUCCAUGCUUGAUUCUUGUUUUCCUGUGAAAAGGCGUGAAGAUGAUUCUCAAAUGUCCACAGCAAGAAUUCCAAGUCUUAUCUACCAGAAGUAGAGAAACAUUCAGAUUCUUCAUCUGAAGGAUCAGUCAAAAGCAAGACAAAAGCUGAUGCUGAAGAGGAAGCUAGACCAAAUAUUAGAGUGAGUUCCACGCCGCGUCCUCGGGCUGUCAUAUCUAGUCCUGGUAA